GAAAAAUUUUAAAAUUAUUAUCAUGAGCCAACCAAAUCAAACAACUGGAAACCGACCUUUUGUACCUCCAAACACUAUUUCUGUAAACUCAACCUUUAAUGAUCUCACCGUUGAGCAGAAAUAUAAUAAUUUAAUUAAAGGCAUAGAUCUAUUUACUAGUGCACAAGAAACAGAAAAUCAGGUAGCUCUUAAAUUCCAGGACUUUAUUCUUUUAGGAUCAAAUUUUGGAUAA